AAGCAUGUCUUCAAGUGUUGAUUCAGUAAAAGUGUACAGGACAUGGAAGGACCUUGCGGUUAAAAUGUGUAAAUUAUGUGGUAGCAAAAUUAUGGAAGACGUGAACAAGAGAAAUUACUUGGAGAGCCACUCGAAUGACCUUGCAAGUGGAAGUUUGAAAACAGGAGUAGUUAGUAUCAAAAGUACAGUUGCUGACCUAGUGACAGAAACAGACCAGGAAGUGGAGCGUAUGAUCAAGGAGAUGAUCAAACAGAACUAUCCCGAUCACUUCUUUGUAGGGGAGGAAACUUCAGAAGAAACAGGAGGAAAGCUCUCACUAACCAAUAAUCCAACAUGGGUGGUGGAUCCGAUUGACGGAACAACUAAUUUCGUCCAUAAGAAUCCGGGGUUCUGUGUUUCAAUUGGGGUUCUGCACAACAAGAGACCUGUCGUAGGCGUAGUGUAUGAAGUGUUUGGGGAUAACCUCUAUUGGGCAGUGGAGGGAAUGGGCGCCUAUCGUAACGGAGAAUCACUCAGUGUAACUGAUUGUGAUAAACUGGAGAAAUGUCUGCUUAUGACUGAAACAACUUCUAGACGAGACGAACAAUCAAUCUCCGACGUUACCAAGACCAUUUCCAAUCUGCUCGCAGCCGGUCUGUCCGCAAUGAGGAUGACAGGCAGUGCUGCUCUGAACGUGUGUAAAGUGGCUGAGGGUUCUGCAGAUGGCUACUACGAAAUAGGACCCCAUAUUUGGGACGUGGCAGCUGCAGCAGUCAUUUUAACGGAAGCCGGAGGACAUUUGCUGCAUCCGAAGACUCUAGAACCAGCGGCUUUGGAAGCGCGAGAAUUUCUAGCAGUCGGUGAAAAAGUAGAGUUGGCGAAGUUGAUUAGUCCGCACGUAGAGAAGUCGUUUCAACUUGAAUCUGAUUAAAGUUAAAAUAGCUAAAUUUGCUAAAUUUUUAACGGUGAUACCAAUAUUUGUAUUUGGAUUGUGAUUUCAAUUUAUAUCUUGAGAAAUUGUAUGAUUGUGUGUAUUUAUUUGAAGGAAACUAUUUUAUUGCUUAGAAUGGUUAGUUUA